UCUCUCUCUCUCUCUCUCUCUCUCUCUCUCCUUCCCUGUCUGUCUCUAUCUAUCUCCACCUAGAGAGAGAAAACCAGCGCAGCGAAUUCUCUGUCCUCCAUUGCAACUCCCCUCAGUUGAGAUCCAAUCUCAAGCCUCCAUUCAUUGACAAAUCAGAGAUUCUUCAACUUAUCGAUUGAUCUCCUACAAUGGCACCGAGCACGAUACGCAAAGCGAUUGGUGCAGUGAAAGAUCAAACCAGCAUUGGAAUCGCCAAAGUCUCGAGCAACAUAGCCCCGGAGCUGGAAGUCGCCAUCGUGAAAGCGACGAGCCACGAUGACGACCCAGCCGACGAGAAGUACGUUCGCGAGAUCCUACACCUGACUUCGUACUCUCGUGGCUACGUGAGUGUCUGCGUCGCGGCCGUGUCGAAGCGGUUGGGGAAGACGAGAGACUGGAUCGUAGCUCUCAAGAGUCUCAUUCUGAUUCACAGACUUCUCUCCGAUGGCGAGCCAGUUUUCCAGAGAGAGAUCAUGUAUGCGACUCGGAGAGGGACUCGGUUGCUCAACAUGUCUGAUUUUCGAGACGAAGCUCACUCGAAUUCAUGGGACCAUUCAGCUUUCGUGAGGACUUAUGCUAUGUAUUUGGAUCAGAAGUUGGAAUUGAUGUUGUACGAGAGAAAACAGAGUGGCGGCGACAGCGUUGGUGGCGGCGGCGAGCAGCGGUGGAGGUCGCCGCCGAACGAGUUCCGGGACGAAUCUGGACAUGGAAACUACGGGAUGAGGAGGUCGAGAUCGUUCGAUGAUGCGAGGGAAAGAUCGAGAGAUGAGAGAAAAGAUGUGACCCCAUUGAGGGAUAUGAAACCCGAGAGGAUUUUCGGAAAGAUGGGACAUUUGCAGAGGCUUCUAGAUAGGUUUUUGGCGUGUCGGCCGACCGGUGUGGCGAAGCAGAGUAGGAUGGUGAUGGUUUGUCUGUACCCGGUUACCAAAGAGAGUUUCAAGCUGUACUCUGAUAUCUGCGAGCUUUUAGCGGUGUUGCUCGAUAGGUUUUUCGAUAUGGAGUACUCGGAUUGCGUGAAGGCUUUCGAUGCGUAUACCAGUGCGGCCAAGCAGAUCGAUGAGCUUGGGGCUUUUUACAAUUGGUGUAAGGACACAGGGGUUGCGAGGUCUUCGGAGUACCCGGAAGUGCAGAGGAUUACGAGCAAGCUGUUGGAGACUUUGGAGGAGUUUGUGAGGGACAGAGCGAAGGCUGCGAAGAGCCCCGUAAGGAAAGUGGAAGAGAAAGUGGUUCUAGAGGAGGAGCCUGCUCCGGAUAUGAAUGAAAUCAAGGCAUUGCCACCGCCGGAAAAUUACGCUCUGCCGCCAGCGGCGGAGCUGGAGGUGGAACCUCCUAUGGCUCAGGAAGAGACCCGGGACUUGGUCGAUUUGAGGGAGGAGGCUUUAACGGCCGAUGAUCAGGGUAACAGAUUGGCCCUGGCUUUGUUCGCCGGUCCGGCGGCAAACAAUGGAAAUGGGUCUUGGGAGGCUUUUCCAGUGAAUGGGGAGCCGGAAGUGACGUCUGCGUGGCAGACUCCGGCGGCAGAAACCGGCAAGGCCGAUUGGGAAUUGGCUUUGGUUGAGACAGCUAGUAAUUUGUCAAAGCAAAAGGCUACAUUGGGUGGUGGAUUCGAUCCUUUGCUUUUGAAUGGGAUCUAUGAUCAGGGAAUGGUGAGGCAACAUGCUAGUACCGCUCAAUUGAGCGGUGGCAGUGCCAGCAGUGUGGCGUUGCCAGGAGCAGGAAAAAUCAAUACGCCUGUACUGGCUCUUCCCGCUCCUGAUGGGACUGUGCAGACGGUUGGGGGUGAUCCGUUUGCCGCGUCGUUAAGCAUUCCUCCGCCGUCGUAUGUGCAAAUGGCGGAUAUGGAGCAAAAACAACAAUUACUUGUGCAGGAACAGACAGUGUGGCAACAGUAUGCUAGGAAUGGAAUGCAAGGUCAAGCUAGUUUGGCCAAGAUCAGUGGCGGCGGAUACUACACUCCGCCGAUGAUGAUGCCACCUUAUGGAAUGCCACCGGUGAACCCUCCGGCAGGGUAUUACUACGCAACUCCUUACUGAUUUUUUUAAAAUAUUUUGUGUCACUAUUGUUUCAUACAUAUUAGUUCUUUUUUUUUUGGUGUUAUUUUUAUUGUUGUUUUGUUUAUUCCUUGUCCAAUGUAUUUUAAUGUGACUUUGUGCACAUCAAUGGGGGAAGGGAGGAGAGGGAAAAUGAGCUGAGGAGAUAUGGGGGGGAUUUGAAUGUUGGGUGCUUUUGUAAUCCAAUUAUGAUGUCUCUGUAUGUUUUGUAAUAUUGGAAAUUUUCUUGGCAACUUUGUAAUUUUUAUGUGAUUAAUUUAUUAGGUCUCAA